CUCCAACUCCUUCCAUGCCAAGGCUGGGCUUCACUUGCCAUCCCGCGGCCGGGAGGAUGAGGGGAAGGAGGCGGAGGCGUGGGAGUGGGAGUGGGCGCAGGACCGCGCGGGCGUCGCCUCCUCUCCCUCCCCGGCGUCCCCUCUGAGCCUGCCUGCCUCCUUUCCUGCCUGCCUUCCUCCUCCUCCGCCCGCCACCAUGAAACUCUACUGCAAGGCGGUGGCGCUGGCGCUGGGCUUGGCGGGGCUGCUCCUGCUCUACCUCUUCGUGGGCAACGCGGCGGGCGACCGGGAGGGGGACGAGCCGCCUUUGGAAACGGCCGAGAAGGAGCCCCGGGUCCCUUCGGGGGCCAGGAAGGGGGGCAGGCUCCCCCCUGCCGCCCCCUUUUACCACCAGACCGAAAGGGCGGCUGCUGCCGCCGCUGCUGCUCAAGUUUCCAAGCAGGAGCCACGUCUCCGCCUCAGGAAAGCGGCCGCCGGCAGAGGGAAGAAGUUGGCGCCCCCGAGGAGACCAAAGGACCAGAAGCCUCCUACGCCCCUGAUCUCAUCUCCACAAUGGAUGCAUUUGGCAGUUGUAGCAUGUGGUGACCGGCUGGAAGAAACUCUCAUCAUGUUGAAGUCAGCAGUUCUGUUCAGCAACAGGAAGAUCAAAUUUCACAUCUUUGCUGAGAACUCCCUGAAGCCUGAAUUUGAAAGGAAAUUGCAAGAAUGGCCUCCCUCAUUCACAAAGAAGUAUGAAUAUCAUGUCUAUCCAAUCUCUUUUUCUGUUGGAAACGCUCAGGAAUGGAAAAAAUUAUUCAAGCCAUGUGCUGCCCAGCGUCUCUUUCUUCCGAUGAUUUUAAAAGAUGUGGACUCCCUUCUGUAUGUGGACACAGAUGUCCUCUUCUUGAGACCCAUUGAUGACAUCUGGAGAUUUCUGACAGCAUUCAAUUCCACACAGCUGGCUGCAAUGGCGCCAGAACAUGAGAUACCAAAGAUUGGCUGGUACAGUCGCUUUGCUCGCCACCCAUAUUAUGGAACAACUGGAGUCAAUUCCGGUGUCAUGCUGAUGAAUUUAACCCGUAUAAGAAAUGCCCAGUUUAAGAACAGUAUGAUACCGACAGGCCUGACAUGGGAGGAAAUGUUAUACCCUUUAUACCAAAAGUACAAGAACUACAUUACUUGGGGAGACCAGGACUUGCUCAAUAUUAUUUUUUACUUUAACCCAGAAUGUCUCUACCUGUUUCCUUGCCAAUGGAACUAUCGGCCAGACCACUGUAUGUAUGGCAGUAACUGUAAAGGAGCAGAGGAAGAAGGAAUUUCCAUUCUCCAUGGGAACAGGGGUGUCUACCAUGAUGAUAAACAGCCUACUUUCAAAGCACUCUUUGAAGUCAUACGUGAUUUUUCAUUUGAAGACAAUCUCUUCCAAUCAAUGUACUACCCACUUCAGACAAAAUUCCUUGAUACUGUGAACACUUUAUGUGGUCGAAUUCCACAAGUGUUUUUGAAACAAAUUGAGAGAACUAUGAAGAAAGUGUAUGAAAAUCGAGUAAUUGUCAACAUUGGGGCCAACUUCAGGUUGUAAUUGUGGAUAUUGACGUGAUUUUCAUAGUUUUAUACAACCUGCUUGAAGGAUCUGAAUUAACUGGAUUAUGAUGUUUAAAGCUGCAAUCUUUUACAUCUACUUCUGAGUAGACAAGUAUAGGGUUGCAUUGAGGCAGACAGUUGUCACUUAAUCAAAACUUGUCAGAGUGUUCUUAAUGUUUGGUUUUAAUAGUGCACACAUGGUUAAUGAGGUUGGCGACAAUGAACAUCAACAUCUGGAAAACAUCUCAGAAUUUCAGCAGAAGACUUGGAAAAUAUGAACAAAGAUAAUAUGACUUUUUUAAGAUUGACAAUUACGAAGCCCUUAUUAUGGGCAACUCCAAUGGAAGUAAAUGACCUUUCAGCAUGAAGAAAAUAUUAUCACCAUUUAAUACAGCGGUGGGGCCAAUUACCUACAUAAACCAUCCUACAAACCAUCCACUCCCCACAAGAAGCCUUCCUCAAUGUUCCUCUCAAAGUGGCAACAGAAAGUAUGUGGCCCUUGUGCAUUUUCAUGUGUUUUCAUGCAUUGGGAGAUCCUUUCUGCAUGAUUUGAGAGCAAAAAUUGCCUGAAAAUAGUGCUGAGUCCUAAAAAAGCAAAUUGGAGGCUGGGGAAUUUGGGGAAAUGGUGUGUUUUGAGGAUUGAAAAGUGGUUCCAUGCCACUCAAUUUGCUCACUCUUGAUCUAGUGUAUUAACAGGGCUAUUCUAUACAUAUUUACUCACACGUGAACCUCAUUUACAGUGGGAAUGAGAUGUGUAUAGGACUGCUGCUUACUUUACUAAGUUUCAGCUGCCCAGGAAAAUGAAUGGCCUGAAGUGGGAUGAUAUAAAUAUUGGCUGAACACUGAAUUUUUUCUGUGCAAUUAUGUAAGCCUUUAAAGUCAUUACCUGGUAUGUAAAAGUAAUUGCGCACACUAUGCUUACAGCGACCACUUACAUUUUAUGGCAGAGGACAGGAAUGAAUGCAUUCUCAUUGAAUGUACUCUUUUUUUUCUUAGACAUUAUAGCAUUUUGGAUCUGGUCACUUCUCACACGAGGCUUUGUCCUCCUCUGGAACCACCAAAUUCAGUCAAGCAAGUGGCCGUGUGGUUCCCACUUCAAUAACUGGACCGACCAUAUGGAUAGCCCACAAGGGGGAAAACGGUUUGCAAUAACAGUCAUGGCAGAAUGGUAAUUGAUUAUUAAUUAACGUCUGAGUGUGACACAUAUAAAAUGAAGGGAACACCAUUAUUGUUACAGCAUGCUUGCCUUAUAAUGCCAAUUAACCCUUUCUGUGGCAACAAAGGUAAGGUGACAGUGACUACAGCAUGAAUACAUUACAAGCAAACUCUACUAGAAACUGUAACAAAAGUUAAAAAUAGAGGUGUAAGCAGUCCAAGUCCUUCAAAGUCCCAGUAGAGCCAAUGUGCCUCCCCCAACAUCUGCUAAUAUAGCAAUUUGAACUUCUGAUGUUGGCAAAAUCUUUCUAUCUUGUAGCAUAGUACAAGGAUGAAAGUAACAUUUUCAAGAGCUUGGACAGAUCUGAGGAUAUUAAGCUAGCAAUCUUUAGGGGCUCACGUAUGCAACUGUGUUUAAAAUAAUGCUAGCAUUAAGGCUUGCUUGUUUAAAUACAGCAAGCUGGGUAUGUUUAUCUUGGAGAAGGUUAAGAGGGGAUAUGAUAGUGUUUAAAUAUUUGAAAGAGUGUUGUAUUGAAGGGAGAACAAGCUUGUUUUCUGCUGCUCCAGAGAUUAAAACAUGUAACGGAUUCAAACUACAGAAAAAAUAUAUUUCACCUAAACAUUAGGAAGAACUUCCUGACAGUAAGAGCUAUUCAGGAUAUGCUGCCUUGGAGAGUGGUGGAGUCUCCUUCUCUGAAGGUUUUAAAACACAGGCUGGGUGGCAAUUUGUUGGAAGUGUUUUGUUUAUUCCUGCAUGGUAGAAUGGGGUUGGACUGAAUGGCCUUUGUGGCCUCCUCUAAUUCUACGAUUCCAUAUUAUCACUGACAAGUGAAAAUUUUAGUUUUAGCACCAAAGGCACUCAAAUAACACCAAGAAUAAAAGAACAAGCAGCAGUAGUGUGCAAUGCAUGGCAAUAACUACCAGUGUUUCAACUACAUAGUGUCAUCUCAUGUAAUUUAUUACCUCGUGGGCAGGUGGGGUGAGGUAGGGAAGAUUUCUCACUGCAAGUGUUUACAAAGCAAAUGACAACAGCGCCGUUGAUGUUAUUUCCUUUCCAUGGAUGGGCAGGAUUAUGUGUAAAGGACCAAGUAGGCUCUUUUUACUUAUGAAGACCCAUUAGCCAGCUGUUAUGGUGACAUGAGACUCUGUAGUUAUGAUGCAAUACGGAGUUAAGUGUCCUUAAAUCCAUUAAUCUCAACAGGUUUAAAGUGUGCUUACAUCUGUGAAUGAUUGCACCCUUUGUCAUCUCUGUUGACAGGUUAACACAGCUGUUCUUCAGAAAUUUGCCCUAUAUAGCUGUUAGCGGGGGGGCGGGGGGAGGCUUCAGAGUGAAAUCUUUUAUGGAAAUACAGAAUGCUGCAUUUGGAAAUUUUUGAAAAGAUAAAAUCAGUUAUCUUAUUGCAGCAGAGACAACCAAGAAUAUUAUGAUAACAUUAAAACAAAAACAUUUAUUAUGAUGUAGGCUUUUAUGGCUACAUAGGUCACCGCUUCAAAUGCAUGAAAAAGUAUUCAGAUUUUCAGAUAAACACAAUGAGUUCAGAAGGCAAUUAAAUGAAAGAAUAGUACUUUCAUAGUGACACUAUUAACCCUGCCAAUUAAAAAAAAUGUUGCAUAUAACACAACUGUUUUGUGGUAAUUGCCACCAUCAGUACUUUUUACAUGUAAUUGCUCUCUGACAAAAAUUAAUAUCAAUAGCCAAACAAUGACUUGGAAAUAAAGCUGAAAUUCUGGACAACAUUUAAUGUGUCCGAUGGCAAUGGAUUGUAUUUUACAGUCCUAGAAGCUCACUUUGGGCCUGUGGAACUUGUUUUAAAAGUGAUAAAAAUGCCAACAUUUGAUUUUAGACAGGUUGUUUUUGCCUUUAAUUUUUUUGUAACUGGAAGAAAUAGAUGCUACAUCUCUCAUUAUCAUACACUCUCUGCAGGAAGUGCUGCACCUUCAGUGCUUUUUCCUUCCUCAAGAAAAUUACAUUCCUGCAGAAAAUAGUCUGGUAGCUCUACUUUCAAUAUUAAUUUUUGAAGGAACAAGGGUGUGGAUACCUCUUGAAAUGUCAUACAGAAAUACAAGAGACCCUACAGAGUUCUUAGCUGCCAGGGUUCUCCAGAUGCAGAAUACUAUAUUACUUCAAUGAUAGAGUAAUCUAGGUGGCAACUGCAUAUGUUUUAUUCAGAGGUGAAAACCACAGAAUUGAGCCAGAAGGAGGUAUGUGGUGCAUUGGCUAAGAGAGAGAGAAUAGGUGAAAUAAAGCCUUUAAGUACGCACACAGUGUUGACAACAAUACCAAAACAAAACCUCACACUAACCAAAUGUGUCAAAUAUCACAGUAUGAAUUAGGUUGAUUGACAUAUAGUACUAGAAGAGCAUUGAAUUGUUGCCAGGCAAUAAUCCCUGAGCUUAUUUAAACAUUUUUUUCAGUUGUGGUUUAGCAACGUCCUUGUUUAGUCUGGUUCCAUGCAGGAUAUAAAUGUUUCUGUAAAAUGCAUAAAAAUGUAACUUUAAGUAUGCUGGCUUCUUUGGACAAUUUCUGAUAUGUUCUUAGGUUCCACAACUUGUGUAGCCCCCUCCUCCCAAAAAACUUUAUUGAUUCUACAUUUCAUAUACCUUUAAGACUUGACAAGAUAUUUGAAAAUCUACCUUCAAACAUUGUACAUAGGAACAAGGAGAAACACUAUCUGAAAACAACCCAUUCUAGUCACCUACCUUUCCUUUCCAAAUGCAAAUCUGUAAUCCAUUCUGUGUAUUCCAACUUUCUGUUCAAAACCAGAGUUCCACUGGGUUUUUUUUUUUAAUCGUGUCAGAAGUGACUUGAGAACAUACUGCAAGGUGCUUCUGGUGUGAGAGAAUUGGCCAUGAGAGACGUUGCCCAGGGGAUGCCCGGAUGUGUUACUGGGAGGCUUCUCUCAUGUCCCCACAAGCUAGAGCUGACAGACAGAAGCUCACCUCAUCUCACAGAUUUGAACCAACAACCUUCAGGUCAGCAACCCAACCUUCAGGUCAGCAGUUCACAAGGAUUUAACCCAUUGUUUCCAUAAUAGGAACAAAACAGGGUUGGUUACUACCAAGAGAAUCAAGAGACUUGACUUUGUUGAAGUAUUUUUUUUCAUAGUGCUUCAUUUGUUUACAGAUGUUCUUGUUUUUCAUUUUUUUACAAGAAACCUUUUUGAUAUAUGAAGGAGUUAAAUAUAAAAAACGUUCUGCAUAGUAUCAAUGGAAUCAUGCAAGAUAAAUAUUUUUGUUAUGCGUUGUUAUUGUGCAUGUGCUUGACUGCAGCUGUGAGAAUGUUUUGAAACAAUUGUAUGCUUUUAAAAUGUUUACCCAUUUAAUCAUAAUUUAUACUUUUCGCACUAUAUCACAUUUCAGUUUUAAUUGUAACUUGCUAUUGUAUUAAUAUUUCAUACUUAUUGCUGAUUUCUUUUUUAAAAGCUUUCACUUUUUCCUAAAUAACUGAAUAUAUAUAAGCCUUUCUGUCAUCUUCCUCAGCCAUAUACAUUGUUAUUAUAGUCUGGCCUAGCACAAGUUCAUGGGAAGGACAUUUUCUAUCUAUUUUGACUAAGAAGGAAGAUAAGUACAAACCAAUAUAAAAUAAAGUCACAAGAUGGAAGCACAUGAGUUAAAUAUAUGUUUCAAGAUAAAUCCUGUGGUAAAGCCACAGUGUUGAUCACCUACUUGCCAAUUAGCCAUCUGUACUAUAAUAUAAUCUGUACUAUACUAUAAUAAGCUCAUGAUGCAUUAAAUGUAAUCAGUGAGUAAAUUAUACAUAAGUGCUGCUUAAGCAUCCAAUACAAAGGACUGGCAAUUGCCCAUUGACCACAACCAUCUCUUCUUUCCUACAAACUUGAAGUGCACCAUCACCAGUCCACAAAUGAACACUUUGUGUAGCACUGUUGGAUAGCAUUCAGAUGCUCAUAUUCAGGGUGAUAGUUUAUGCAUGUCAAUAUCAAUUUCAGCCUUCUCUAACUGAACAGACUUUUGUGACAUCUUAAAGCAGCAGUGUCCAUUACAGACUAGCCAAUACUGGGUUAUAUUGAUAGUUGUUAUGAAUCCACAAACAAUUGCAAUACCUUCAGUUACAGAAAAGAUGAAACUGAACCAUAUAACCACCUGUAUUACAGGUAACAUAAACUGACCAUUACUUUUGUAGUCAUGUUUAAAGUAAAUCCUUUAGGAAUCAGUACUAACUGUAUUCUAACUAUUUAUAUAUGCAAAUUUAUUUAGGUCAACCCCCCACAUUCACAGCUUUCUUUUGCAGAUUUGAUUAUUCACAAGUUUGUAGUUGCAGCUUAACUAUCUCGACCUCAUCACCUCACUCCUCCAUCUGCUUUUCUAUUUCCUGCUAAAAGUACCAGCCCUUCAUUCCACUUCCUACCUUCCCAUCAAGAAAACUGUCCUGUUGCCAGACUUUAAAACCCUUUCCCCAUUGACUCAAUACCUCCAACCUCCUCUUCUGCUGCCAUAUUUUAAAUCCCUUUUUCAAAGUGAUAGACUUGGCAAGAAAAACUUGCCUCUCCCUUUGCUGCCAGAUUUUAAAACCCCUUUCGGCAGGAAAUGGGUUUGAAACCCGGCAUCAGACAGAGAAGGGGUGGGUGGAUAGUUGGGAAAAGGAUUUAAAAUCUGAUUAAGUCUUUAUGGUAAAAAAGGGGGUGACAUACCAGGGCUGUUGGUGGAAAAGGAGUCUGCAGCGUGUAUGUUUGGGGGGGGGGAAGGGUCUUGGCCUGGGUCUCUAACUUCAGUGAAUGGCACAUUUCUGUUAAAGGAUGAUCCUAUGCAGUAUUAGAUUUGGCAGCAUUUUUAUUUUAUUUCAACCUCAGACAUGCCUAUCUGUCCAUACUAUCAGGCUGCAAGUAUGUUUGAUUUCAACACUUGUCUGAUCUUUGCCUCAAAGGGUUUGAGGUUUGAUGUUGUUUUGAUGAUUCAAGCUCAAGAGAUCUUACAAGAACAAAUGAAGUUUUUCAACAUCAAGCAUGUCAAGAGCUACCUUGAUCCGGAUAGGUUUUUAUCAAUAGUUAAGUUGUUUCUGUAUGUGAAGCUAGAAUCUUUAUAACUUCAUGAAAUUUGAAAUUCAAAACUGCUAGCUUAUGUAGACUUGCCAAGCAAAAACUAAAAUCUCCGAACUUCCCCUGGAAAAUAUCUAGAGAAUCGUACGGCACACUCAGAUCUUCAGCACUUUGCAUAAAACAUCUCCCAUAGGCAUAUAGUAUUUCUGAAUAAUGUGUUUAGGUGUGCUGUUAUACUCUCAUUUGUUCAACACAAAAACUUGAAAAUGGUUCCUGAAACAUUUCCUUAAAGGUAUUUGAUGAGAGAAAUGAAAAUUUUACAGUGUUUUUUAUCCCAACUAGUGAUGAGUCCAUUGAGGUCCUUGUUCUAUGUAGCUCUAUGAUUACAUGUAACAAAGUAAGACACUUCAACAUAAACUGAAAUGCGAAUGGAAAUUACAAAAUGUCUAUUGUGUGUGUGUGCGUGUGCAAAAGUGUUAGCAUGUUGGUAAGGAACUGCAAUCAAUGUCAUGUCAGUUCAGCAUCUUGCUUAUUUUUUAUUUGACAAAUGCACCAAAUGUUUAUACCUCCUAAGGAGGUAAUUAUAGUGCAUUUCAAAGUCAUUUAAAAUGUUAGGCUUACCAUGUAAAUAAAUGAACAUUUGAGCAAA